UUUUUUCAACGGGGCGGACGACGUGGGGAUCUGUCGUCCACGUACAGACAAGACAAAUCAGCUGUCAUUCUUAAUCCCCCCACGAAAGCACAGGAAAUAAUCUUAAAAUUUAACAUCUUUGACACCGAUCUUUCGAAAAAAAACUCGGCGAGCUGCGGGUUCUUGUUGAAAGCAUGACUCCUCCGAUCUUUGGACCCCAUGAUCGGAGAAGAAAGCAAAAGAACAGGGCAGAAAAAACCAAAACAGAGUGACCCCUUUUUGGGUCUGAAGAUCGAAAAUGUGCAGGGAUUUUUAGCGACCGGACGAGGGGACAGCAGCUGUUUCUCCGAGCUUCACGCUCAACUCUCGCUCUUUCUCUCUCUCUUCCCUUAUUCUUCUUCUUUCGUCUUCCCGAGUCCUCGCCCAUCUGAAUCUCGCGCCACAGUUUGCUACGGCUUGUGGGCAGAGGACUUCUUUCGUCGACUCGCCGUUUUUCGCGUAGCGACAAGAUUCGAGGAAUUCGUGGAACUGGAAUGUGAAAUCAAUCCAAGCCGGCAGGAAUUUUACUUCUCCAAGAUUCAAUGUGAAGGCGUCAAGUGGCUAGCUCUGUUCUUCCUCCCGUGUAGUGCGAGGGCCUGAAACGAUUGAAGAUUUACACUGCCUUUGUUGCCCGUACGCUUUUUGGGUCUCCUGCUUGGCUCGUAAGGUGAAUGAAUCAUCUUCUUCUCGUCAGAGCAAUUCUUGUAUCUUUCUUCUGCACUCGAAUUCCUGGAAUUUUCUGGUGUUGUGCCUCUGUGCAGCUGUGAUUCUUGGUCGAAUUAGAGCUCGCAGUCAUUUGUAAGUUCGUGCCCGAACGAUUCGCAACUUCAGUCGCUCACUUUGUGGAUCUCUUUUUGUUCCUCUGGGUCCUCCUGGAAAAGGAAGAUUCUUGUAGUUCUCUUCUUGAAUUUGGUUGGGGGUCGUGGAGACAUGGGGACUUUGCAUAUCGUGGGCUUGUUGUGGCUUAAUGCGUUUCUUCUGUUUGGGAUAUGUACGGCAAGCAUUCAGACCGUCGGUCAAAUCUCUCCGGGGUUUCAAGGCUCUCAAAUGAACUGGAUCGAUCAUGACGGUCUGUUUCUCCUGUCGAAUGACUCGAAUUUCGCUUUCGGUUUCGUUCCCACCCCCGACGUCACUGCGUUUUCACUGGCUAUAAUCCAGGUUAACUCCAAAGCAAUGGUCUGGAGCGCGAAUAGGGACUCCCCGGUUGCGAUGUCGGACAAAUUCGUGUUCGAUGCUACUGGCAACGCCUUCUUGCAGAAGGGAGGGAGCGUUGUUUGGUCCACGGAUUCAGGUGGGAAGGGAGUUUCGGUGAUGGAGCUCCAGAAUUCGGGCAAUCUGGUCUUGCUGGGGAACAACGGUGGAGUGAUUUGGCAGAGCUUCAGCCAUCCGACGGAUACGCUGCUGUCCAAACAGGAGUUUGCCGAAGGGAUGAAACUGGUGAGCCAGAAAGCGAAGAAUUUGAGCUAUACUCUCGAGAUCAAGUCUGGGGAUAUGAUUCUCUCUGCAGCGUAUGGAACCCCCCAGCCGUAUUGGUCCAUGGGGGGUGAUACCCGGAAGAUCAUCAAUAAGGAUGGUGGCCAAGUUGCUUCUGCAUCGCUCAAUGCAAAUUCAUGGAACUUUUAUGAUCAAAGCAGAACCUUGUUGUGGCAGUUUGUGAUCUCGUCGAAUACAGAUCCGAAUGCCACUUGGAUUGCAGUGCUGGGUAACGACGGCCGCAUCUCCUUCACCAAUUUGAAAAGUAGCGACACUUCUCCGACGCAAAUACCAGACAACCCGUGUGGCACGCCGGAGCCUUGUGACCCUUAUCUGAUCUGCUACAGCAAUAAGAUAUGCCGCUGUCUUCCAACCCUUAGCUCUUAUGCAAAUUGUGGUUCGGGGAUUAAUUCUCCCUGUGAUCGUUCAGCAAGUCCUGUAGAUCUCAUUGGUGCAGGGGACUCGAUUAGCUACUUCGCCCUCGAUUAUGUUUCUCCCUCGCUGAAAGCUGAUCUAAAUGGUUGCAAGACCUCUUGCCUUGCCAACUGCUCGUGCCUUGCAAUGUUCUUCCAAAAUAGUACUGGAAACUGCUAUUUUUUCAAUGAUGUCGGAGCUUUCAUAGCCUCUGAGAGCAGUUCUGGAUUCACUGCCAUGAUUAAGGUAUCGAGUGAAGGAGGGGCUGGUGCCACUCCAGGAGGGAGCGGGAGCAGCAAGAAGCGUGUGAUUCUUGUUGUUGUCAUUUCCGUUGUGACCGUGCUCCUGGUUUUUGCUUUAAUUUAUGGAGGGUUCAGAUGGUAUUCGUCCAGGGGAGAGCUUCCGGAAUCGCAUGAAGAGACUUCUGAAGAGGACAACUUUCUGGAGAAUUUAGCCGGAAUGCCAAUCCGUUUCAGUUACAGAGAUCUUCAAACGGCGACUGAAAACUUCACGAGGAAGCUCGGGCAAGGUGGUUUCGGCUCCGUGUACCAAGGAGUCCUCCCAGACGGAACGAGAUUGGCUGUGAAGAAAUUGGAACGCAUUGGCCAAGGAAAGAAAGAGUUCAGAGCCGAAGUCUCCAUCAUCGGAAGCAUACACCAUCACCACCUGGUCAGGCUAAAAGGCUUCUGCGCCGAAGGGUCGCACAGACUUCUGGCUUACGAGUUCAUGGCCAAUGGGUCUUUGGACAAAUGGAUCUUCAAGCAAAACAAGGACGACCUGCUCGACUGGGAAACAAGGUUCAACAUCGCUUUGGGCACGGCGAAAGGAUUGGCUUACCUGCACGAGGAUUGUGACGUGAAGAUUAUUCACUGCGAUAUAAAACCCGAAAACGUGCUUCUCGAUGACAGUUUCCAGGCCAAAGUCUCGGACUUUGGAUUGGCCAAACUGAUGACCCGAGAGCAGAGCCAUGUCUUCACUACCAUGAGAGGCACGAGAGGUUAUCUUGCACCGGAGUGGAUAACGAACUAUGCGAUAUCAGAAAAGAGCGAUGUCUACAGCUACGGAAUGCUUCUGCUCGAGAUCAUUGGCGGGAGAAAGAACUACGACCCUUCCGAAUCCUCGGGAAAGUCUCACUUCCCAUCGUUCGCAUUCAAGAUGAUGGAAGAAGGGAAACUGAGAGACAUCUUCGACUCGAACAUCAAGUUCGAGGACAAAGAUGACCGUGUCCCCAUCGCAAUCAAAGCGGCGCUGUGGUGUAUACAGGAAGACAUGCACGUUAGGCCAUCGAUGACCAAGGUCGUUCAGAUGCUCGAGGGCCUUUGCUCUGUCCCCAUGCCUCCAAUGUCAUCUCCUCUGGGUUCUCGCCUCUUCUCGAACAUGUUCAAAUCAAUCAGCGAGGAGGGGACUUCUUCAGGGCCAUCAGACUGCAACAGCGAUGCGCAUCUCUCCGCCGUUCGGCUCUCAGGCCCGAGAUAACAGCUACAGAUGAUGCUGUCCUCCCUACCUUGUUAGGUUCUUUUCCAUGUAUACUCUGUCAAAGAUGAGAGGAUACCGUGAUAUAUUAUUCUGAUCCCUCCAAAUUUUUGUAAUGCUAGAGCUGAUACCCGAAGAAGCUUUUGGUCUUCUACUUUUGUGCUUUUUGCGGCAUGUAUGUAUAGGGAGAAAGGUAAGAUCAGAUGUGAAUGCUGUUGAAAUGAAGUGGACUUGAGCCGUUUUG